AUGCAACUUGCUAUUGUGAUAUUUCUGCUCGUCAGUUAUUCAUAUCCUGCACUCAGUUCGAUUGAAAACUAUGCAGCUUGUAAGAAAAAUCCGUUAACCUAUGAUACUAUCGAAAACCACUUAAGUUCGAUUUCCAAUCUUUAUUUUCUCUUUGGAAUUCGAAUUCAUCGACCGUUUAUGAAUGUACACAGUCAAACACAUGCCGAAGCGAGCAUGUUCAUACUUGCCAUUUGUAAGAAAUAUUCGUCCGACUGUAUUUCACAAGGUGGUUCAUUACCAUCGAAUUAUAAACUAGAGUUUACAUUGAAUGGCGCACCCUAUACGGAUCGACAUACGAAAAUCGACCGUCAAUGGCAUCGACUAAAGAUUGCUAACUAUGAUUUUCUCUAUGAUCCGUUUCAUUCUCACUCGUGGUAUGAUCAUGCAGAAAAUGAUAACGAUUCGAUUUGGAAGAAAUUCAUCAUGAAUAUGGAUUCGAAUGAAAAUGAAAAUAUUCAUGCAAAAUGGGUCGAAUUCGGUGUGAAGAUCAAUGAUGCUGGUGCUCAAUUCAUCGAAGGACAGCAAAGAUACAAUAAUAUCUCCGUUCAACAAUUCCAAUUACAUUUCUUUGUCCCAACGUACGAGUGUUUACAAGCACCAAUACUCUACUUCGAUGAUCUCGCGGCAGGUCAACAAUAUCUGUCCGCUUUUCAUUUUCAAUUACACUCUGAUCAGUGCUAUCUGCACAAAUACACAUGUCAUUUACGAAUGAGACAGGUACAUUUGAAUAACGUCGGAGGUAUACACAAUACAUUCAAUCUAAGCGGAUCAAUCAACAUCACGACGAAUCAUUUGUCGUUAUUCACACAACGAAUCUCCAAUGAACAAGCUAUCCAAACCACAAAUUUCAUCGAUCAUAUUUCUGAACAAGUUAUGACUGAAAAUAGUACUCUGCUAUAUGAUACAGAGAUCUAUCGUAAUGCGAUGUGCAUCAAUAAGAAUCCCAUAACGGCAAGAGAAUUUCUGCUAUGCACAGAAGAUUACAUAAAAAAUGAAUUAGUUAUACGAACGUAUCGUAUUGAUAUUAUUCUAUGUCAACCGGUUAAACACAAUGCUGAACAAUGUCUAUUUUCUCUUUACCGACAUAUUUUCAACGGGACAUCGCGAUUAUUCAUACCGGUUAAGAAUGACAAUAUUACAUAUAUCGGCUUCAUUCGACUUCCAGAAGAUUUACCAAAUACAGAAUGGCGAAAUCAUUUAAAUAAAACUUUCGAUAAACUCUACAAUCAUCAACUGAAGAACGUCUAUGAUCAUACGAUUGAAAUCAAGACUAAUGUCGACAGUAUGACAACACUGCUUCGUUCCUAUCAGAUCAUCACCGAUCAAACUGAUCUAUGUCAUCUUGUUUGCCACAACCAUUGUGUUCAACAAUCCCCAAAGCAUUCCGAUUACAUUGCAUCGUCAUCCACGAUUGACCUUAUUUUAUUUUGUAAUAAUUGUAGCUUUAAUCAAACAUACAGUCACUUCGAUCAUUCGAUUGUCUACAAUUUUACUAUUCUUUCAACAGCCAUCGCAGUUAUGCAAAUAAAACUUACCCAGCCGAAUUUAAAUUUAUCCGUUAAUUGUAUUAGUCAUAAACAUGAGAUUUUUACACUAAAUGCACAUUUUCAUCACAGUCAACAAAAUACGAACUAUCGGCCGUUUUCCUGUUCGAUUUCUCCGGUAGCGUUUUAUCCAUAUCAUGAUGAAGCUACUCUCACAUGUGAAAAUUUUACAACACCUGCUGAUAUCAUUCUUUGGGCAAUAACAAAUCAAAACGGUGAACUUAUUCGAACGCUAUUAAAUCCAUUCUAUCUGACGAAUCAAAACUUUAACUCCAAAAUUCGAAUCAAAAUCAACGGUCUUCCACACGGUGAUAUCGUUGCACUCGAAAUAAGUUCCUCCUUAUUUUCGAUCAUCGAUACCUAUGAACUGACUGUUCUAAGUCUAGACGAUACAUUGAUAACCAAAAUAAAUAUCGCUCUCGAAUCGAAUUACUUUCUCAGCGCAUUUCGUCUUUUGAACCAAUAUCUGACUAUCUACGAAAAUGAGUUUUAUCUCUUGAAUCAAUCGAAUACUUCGCGCUUACAAUUAAUUGGUCUCAAUCAAACAUCAUUCGCAAUGAGUAUUCUUAAUUAUUAUCGAUCAAUAUUGAACUAUAUCGAUCGGGAGUCACUUCAUAUCAAAGCAAUGGAUUUUUCUCAAAAGAUUUGCUCACUUAUUUCAACACAUCUGUUCAAAUAUAAAAUUUUCUAUCCGAAACCAGGCAAUAUAUACUUGAAUCCAUUUAUUUCUCUUCUCACUCAAUUAUCUUCACAUCCGAAGAUCGUUACAUACCAAACUUACCAUUUACUUCGGCAUACAAUGAAGCUCAUUUCUUACUCUUUACCCGACACGUCGUUAACAUUUCUUAAUAAACUAUUCGAUCUUUGUAUUACUUUGCGAAUAUAUGUAAAUCAUCCGAAAUCAUUACCAAUCUCCACAAUCACCGAUGCAAAUAGUCUGUUUGAAUUGAAUCAAAUAGUCAAUCAAAUCUUAGUAAUGAUUCACCAUGAAUUCGCCAUCAAUCGCUACUCUGACGAUCGCAUGCAGUACAUCAACGAAGGUCCGAUUGAUUUCUUUAUAAAUAUGCCGAUACCGUUUAUAACCAAUCGAUGGGCUCUUAUAUUUAAUCGAUCGGAACCAGAUGAUGGUGCUGGAAAAUCAUUUUCAGGUAUCGUCUAUUAUCCUCAGGAAUAUAUUCCAAUUUACUAUAAAACUCCGACAACGAUAUCAAUCGAUUAUCCCAUUGGUCAGAUCUUUUCGAUUGAAUAUAGCAAUUCGACACUAUUGAAUCGUUCUUCACAGAUCUCAUUCUCACUUGAACAUGACUAUAUGGAUCCGAAGAAUCUAUUGCAACAAUACUUUAUGAAAAUCUCAUUGGAACGUAUUGGGAAUAAGCAUUAUUCACAUAAGUUUACGUUUCAGACCAACACAACAAGAUUAGCUCGAAAUAUAUCCUUUAUUUUUCUCGAUUUACCGAAUUCACCGAACUAUCUCUUCACAUUCGAUAUAACGUACAAUAAAUCAUGUUCAAAGCGCGACAAAACUCUAAAUUACUCCGUACAGAUAGACCUACGACGAAAGAACCAUUUCGUCUAUUCGAUACCAGUGCAAUCGGAAGUGAACAUAUGCGGUUAUGUUGAGAUAACAUCAAAGCAUCAACUCAUUCGAAAUCUAAAACGAACAGGAAGAUUUCUUGUCGUCGAAACUGGUUGUUACUCAUUCACAAAGAACAUCCAUGAAGAUUAUUAUUCCGAAUUGCAAACCGAAACAUGUCAGUUGAUCAAUGGCUUGGAAGAUGAUAUACUUUCCGGCGCUCAUCUUACUUGCCAUUGCCGACCGUUCAUAAAGAAAUAUUUGCUUCUAUGCCAACCGAAAUCAAUUCUCGUUCAAUUCGAAGUCAAUGCUCAAACAUGGCUACAUUUUUACAUCUACCUUUCGCUACUACUUCUCCUUUUUCUACUUCUCGGACUGUAUGCUAUCUAUAAAGAUACGUCCGACGAUUAUAAACCAUGCGUGAACUUUGUGGCAGACAAUCAAAUAGGUGCGGUAAAUGUUCAUCUGUACCAAUUAACCGUUUUCACCGGUCUUCAGCAGUCCACUACAAAAGAUUUUCGAAUCUACAUUCGUUUAAUUGGCGAAAAAUGUCACGAUAUAUCACAUUGUCUGAACUCCAAUUCACCCACUCUCUUUCAACGUGGUAGUGUUGAUCAAUUUCUGUUAACUUCAUUUACUGACAUUGGUCGAGUGAUUGCCAUUAAUAUGUGGCAUGACGAAAUCGAUAAUCAAUGUGAUUUCUACAUUCGUCAUUGUAUAUUGUAUGAUUAUCAUAAUCAUCGAACGUAUUAUUUUUGUUGUUACACAUGGUUAUCAUUACGAAAAGGUUUUAAUACGAUCAAUGAAGUUUUCUACGUUGCGCAAGAAGUCGAUCAGUUUGCUUUGGGCCACCUAUUUCUCUCGACAUAUGCGUGGUGUUACUAUCAUUAUCAUUUAUUAAGUUCGCUUUUUAAUAAACAGAAAAUGAACACAUUGACGAGGAUUUAUCGAUUGCAUUUGUAUUUUUGCGUCCUUAUUCUCCAACUUUACUUGAUUCAACUAAUUAUUAUCACAUGCCGAAGAAUGGUUGGCCAACAACGGUGUGCAUAUGUUCUUCCAACGUUCUUAUUUUUUGUUGAUCAGUCGUUUGUAGCAUCGGGUUGGUCGGAGAUCUUCCAGAUAAUUCGUCUGAAUUUCUUUUCGUCAUUGUUCAUCGCGUUGAUUAUAAGUCUGAUCACAGCCUUUCUCACUCCGAUUCUCCUCUGGGGUUUGACUUUGUUGACAAAUCAGCUCGAUCUUUAUCAGCAGUUAUUCAAUAUUGCACCACACUAUUCACAUUCGGGAAAUUUAUAUUCGACUGUCCAGGCAAUCGCAUCGUGUAUAUUUGACUGGAAUUCGUAUCGUCGAGACGUCGAACAGUACCAAUAUCUUCAUAAAUUCGAUUUACAACAUCGUCUAAGUAUUAGUACGAUAGGAGAAAGUGAGCAAAAGGUUUCUUCAUCGGAUACCAGUAUCGAGCGAAAUAAUAAUGCUGCAAAUGAUGAUAAAAGUCAUCGCAUAUCACAACGUGAACGAGUAAUUGAUGACGAUCGACAUUCAUCAUCAACUGAUAGUUCGCAAUCAAGCAUACAGAUGCUCAACAUUGUUAUUCCUACCGUGAAAGUGAAGGUGAAUUGGUUAGUUGGACGUCUGUGUCAUAACAUAUUAUUUGCCUACUUAAUUUAUAGGCCAAAAAUGCCUUCACCACCGUCUCCUCGAAUGUAUAGAUUUUACUUGUCUCUAUACUAUGGGUUAUUACUGACUUUUAUCCUCAUAUCGAUCGUCUGUAUGUAUGCAACGAUGAGAACGUUUGCUGGGAUUGAAAACUAUUUUCUUACAUCCACUAUUAUCUUCAUUCACGUUUUAAGUAUUGUAAUCACAUUUGUAUUUGAAUUAAUCGUUAUUGUAUGCAUUUCUUUACUAAAUGCGAUCGUAUUUGGUCUUACUGACGAGAACAAAUUCAUUUCACCAAUCAUGGAAAUUCCUAUUGCAUCGACAAACGAUAUCCAAGAAGAGACUCUCAGUUCAACAUUUACUCUCAAUCGAGAUAUAACAUUGACCGACGUCCAAUUGCGCGAACGUAUUCGAGAACGUUUUCUUGAAUCGUCGAUUAUGCGUGCUGUUCGAGAUGUUAUUGGUUAUGUUGUAUUCAUGAUUAUCAUCAUUAUGGUGUUUGCAGAAAGGUCACGAAAUGUCAAAACACGGUUAACCAUGCGACAGUAUACAUUACAAUUGCUCCUUCGUGAAGAGAUUUUUCAGAAUAUUGAUUACAUACCUGAUACGAUGACUUGGAUCGAUAAUUUGAUCGAAAAACGUCUUUUUCUUCAACAUAUAGACUAUUCAUGUCAGAAAGAAACAUGUAAUUACGCUCAAAUCCCUGAUUCGCCCUUGUAUUUGAGUAAGAGCAUUCGCGUACGUCAAAUUCGCGUCGAACGAAAAACCUGUCAUUCGAAAAUCCAAAAGUUCUUUCAUCCGUUACUUCCACCGAGUUGUUCCGUUGAUGGAGAUAGUUUGAAAAAUGAUGAAUUAUACGUUCUUCAUGAUCAACGAACAUGCUCUGGUUGGAAUACAUCGUCUCCAAAUGACAUAUGUGCAGACAGUUGUAAUUACACAUCAAUCUGGUCAGCUUUAGCUACAAAACAGACCAUGAAGUUCUAUAAAACUCACGAUUCACCAUGGUAUUUUUUGCUACAUCUAUCACCGAAAGAAGCCAUUGAACGUUGUGAUCGUAAGCGAAAAUACUAUGAUCUGGAUAAAAACCAUUGGCUCGAUGAUAAAACUGUUGUUGUCAUCAUUGAAGGGAAUCUAUAUUCUCCACAAACGUCAUCGAUGAUUUCAUUCGUUUUCACAAUUGACAAAAACGAAUACGGAGUUGUCGACAAACAGAUAUUCAUCGAAGUGUCUGACUAUAUCUUAACAACAACAACAGCAAAUGAGUACACAGAAAAGCAAAACUAUACCAGUGAAGCCACGCAUGAAACUGACAGUCAAUUGGAUAUUACACAUUAUCUCUUCGCAUUAUUGUUGUGUUUUAUUUUUACAACCAAACUAUUCGGUGCAGCGAAAUUCAUUCGAAAUUUUGGUUUGUAUGGACUAGUGUUCUUCCUUCGUACUCUAUCGAAUAUCAUCGAUGGUAUUCUAUUACUCCUCUGCUGCUAUUAUUUUCUCUUGAUCUAUUUCGAUUAUAAAGUUCUCCAAUUGAAUAAUCUUGUUCAAUCAUUGAAUAUUCACCAAUUAUUCGUUUCCUUUCGUGUUCUGAUUGUCAAUAGUCGAAUUUUAAAUCACUUGAUUGGUUUAAUAUGUCUGUUCGCAAUCUUUAAAUUCCUUAACUUAUUAAAGUUCAACCCGAAGACUUACUUGCUCGCUGAGACGAUCUCUAAAUCAGCGCAAGGCUUCAGCAUUAUACUAUUUUUCGCUUUUAUGAAUUAUUUUAUCUUUACGCUGAUUGGUCGAUUGCUUUUUUCACACGAAGAAACCUUUCGAACAUUCUUCGUUGCUUUUCGUGUCGUUCUUACAUCGUCCAUCAAAGAUGCUGCGUCAACGGAUAAUAUUAUUCCAAUAAGUUUCAUUCGAGCCACCUGGCAAUUUUGCCUUUGGCUUUUCUCGGCGAAGAUCAUCGAAUAUUUUCUCAUUUCGUUUGUUAUACAAAAAUUUUCUACGAUUAGAAAAACGCAUCAAUUGACAGAUGAAGAAAGAAUCGUCGGUCGAAUCUUUCAAACAUUUUGGACUUAUUUCGCUUUCAAUAAAAAAUAG